AUGUCGUUUACUUCCAUCCCUGUGCUUGACCUCUCCCUGGCCUCGUCGCCAACGACGAAACCAGCAUUCCUCGCCGACCUGCGCUCCGCCCUUAUGGAGGUUGGCUUCUUGUACCUCAAAAAUGUUGGAAUCCCGGAUUCACUCUUUGCGUCAGCCAUCUCCCACGGCCGGGCCUUUUUUGACCUGCCGCUGGACGAGAAACUCAAAAUCGAAAUGAAGAACGCGCCGUCGUUUCUGGGCUACAGCCGGCUCUCGGCUGAGGUGACGGCCGGAGCGGUCGACCACCGCGAGCAGAUCGACCUGUCAACCGAGCACGUCGUGCCGACGGCGCCCGGCACACCGAGAUACUACAACCUCCUCGGCCCUAACCAGUGGCCAGACGAGGCGGCGCUGCCGGGGUUCCGCGACACCUUCACGGCGUACAUGAAGGCCAUGGGCGCCGUCUCGAUGCGCUUCACGGCGCUGGUGGCCGAGGCCAUCGGGCUGCCGGCGUCGGCUUUUGAGCGCUACUUUGAGCGCAACGUCCAAGACCAGCAGCACAAGCUCAAGAUCGUCAAGUACCCAGACGUUGGGGAGCUGGGCGCCGACGGGGCGGCCAGGCAGGGCGUCGGCCCGCACAAGGACAGCAUGUACACGAGCUACCUGCUCCAGGCCAGCGGGCACCGCGGCCUGCAGGUGCAGAACCUCCGCGGCGACUGGGUCGACUGCCCGCCCGUGGACGGCACGCUGGUCGUCGCCAUCGGGCAGGGGCUCGAGGCGCUGACGGGCGGCGUGUGCGCGAGCACCACGCACCGCGUCCUAUCGCCCGCCGCCGGGGAGGGUGCCCGCUUCUCCAUCCCCUUCUUCCAGGGCGUCAGGCUCGACACCGAGUUCGAGGAGCUCGAGAAGGCGGGGCUGGGCCGCGCCGUGCCGGAAGAGGUGCGCGAGCAGCGCCGGAAAGUGCUGCUGGAGGGGAGCGGCGAGAGGCUGGACGACGUCGAGUUCACGUUCCGCACGGGAGGGGUCGCGACGACGCUUGGCGAGGCGACGCUCAGGAACCGUGUAAAGAGCCACCCGGACGUGGGCGAGCGGUGGUAUCCCGAUAUUCUGGCGAGCAUCAGGGAAGAGCAGAGGAUUGCCGGUAGGCAAGGGGCUGGGACGAGCACGGCGCCUGGGGUGGACAAGCUCAGGGGUGAUGCGCAGGCUGUUUGA